GCUUUAUUCAGGCUCCAGGAAGCCUGGGUAAUGCAUGCUACUCGCAACAACCCCUUUCAAUAUAUAUCGGCGUCUACUGCCUGAUGAUCCUCCGGUACGUGGAACACAUCACCAGAUCCACCAUAAUUACGGGGCGUUCAUCAAAUCAAUAUAUAAACCCAAGGAUAGAUACAUCCCUGAAACUAUUUAAU